AUGGUUCUGCCCUACUCCCCGCCCCUUUAUACCUUCCUGAUCGCUCAUUGGUUGCAGCUCCGAUUGCCGGUUUCUGCCCUACCAGCUGGCACAGACGGCUGCUUCGCCAACUUCGAUGUCUCACCUCCCGAGAGGAUCCGAGCAGGCACCGGGGAGCCUUGGCCUUGCAGCCGGGAGACUCAGGGGCCCUUCCCAGCCUUGGAGGUGGAGCAGGGCCUGCCGGCUUGUCCCAGCACCAUGAGCUCCAACAGGUCCCCAGAGGAGAACCCUGAGGGAGAUGCAGGGAGAACAGGGCGGAAGCCCACAGUGCGAGAUUUGGCUUCUUUCCAGGUCGCAGAGCCCCUCGACCAGCUUCCAUGUGUCACCGAAGGCAGGCCAAACUCCAUGUGGAUGACCCUGCGGAUUCCGAUGAAGAAUGGACACCUAGGCAGAAAGGAAAUGUCCAGGGCACCUUCAAGUAUUGAAUCUAGAGUGAAGAAAUUGUCAGAAACAACAGAUUUACUAAACACAAGUGACUCAGAGAAGGCCCAGAACCGAGUGUCCCCUCCUGCAGAAGCAAGUACCUCUGGACUGCCCUCUGGACAAAAAUUGGAACUCAGGAGUGAGGAAACUGAAGCGAAGACGUAUAGCCUGCGAGAAAGAAAGGGUCGUACAUACGAAGAGGUCGAAGAGCCUGAAGAUGAUGACUACUUAUUUUGUGAGCAUUGCCAGAACAUCUUCAUCGAUAGCUGUCCGGCUCAUGGACCCCCUACAUUUGUAAAAGACAAUGAAGUAGCCAUGGGGCAUCCCAACCGCUCAGACCUCACUUUGCCCCCUGGGCUGAGAAUUGGACCGUCGGGCAUCCCCGAGGCCGGGCUUGGAGUAUGGAAUGAGGCAUCCGAUCUGCCGUUGGGUCUGCACUUUGGCCCCUAUGAGGGCCAGAUCAAAGAAGAUGUACAGUCAGCCAACACUGGCUACUCCUGGGAGAUCAGCAAGGGGAGAAACCGCUAUGAGUAUGUGGAUGGAAAGGACAAAUCUCGGGCCAACUGGAUGAGGUACGUGAACUGCGCCCGGGAUGAUGAGGAGCAGAACCUGGUGGCCAUUCAGUACCACGGGCAGAUCUUCUAUCAAACUUGUCAGGUCAUCAAGCCGGGCUGUGAACUGCUGGUCUGGUAUGGGGACGAAUAUGGCCAGGAGCUGGGUAUCAUCUGCGACAGGGAGCCGAAGGACGAGCUCACGGCAGAGAGAGAACCGAAGCCAGAGAUCCACCCAUGUUCUUCAAGCCCUCUGGCCUUCUCCAAUCAGAAAGGCAUCAGGAAACAUGUGAAACGCGAUUACUCCUCUCAGACCUUCCCAGCGACAUCUGCAAGAGAACAUCUCCAGCCAGGCAAUCUCUAUCCAGUUGGUCAGAAUCCGGAGGAGCAACGUUCUGAUCCACACAGCUGGAAAGACGAGGGCGAAGUUUUUGGUUGA